AUGUACACGACGGAUGUUUCUUCCUCCGCCGGAACUUCCAAUGAUUCGAACCCUUACAUAGAGACUGAUCCUUCAGGUCGCUAUGGUCGUUUCAGGGAAGUACUUGGCAAAGGAGCAAUGAAAACAGUUUACAAAGCAUUUGACCAAGUUCUAGGUAUGGAAGUGGCAUGGAACCAAGUCAAGCUCAACGAGAUUUUCCGAUCACAUGAAGCUUUACAACGCCUCUACUCCGAAGUCCAUCUCCUCAAGAAUCUCAACCACGAGUCCAUCAUCCGUUACUGCACGUCUUGGAUCGAUGUCAACCGCAGAACGUUUAAUUUCAUCACUGAGCUUUUCACAUCAGGCACACUUAGAGAGUAUAGAAGGAAGUAUCAAAAGGUUGAUAUCAGGGCUGUUAAGAGCUGGUCACGCCAGAUUCUGAAUGGUCUUGCUUACAUGCAUGGACAUGAUCCUCCUGUUAUUCACAGAGACCUUAAAUGUGAUAAUAUCUUUGUUAAUGGUCAUCUUGGGCAAGUCAAGAUUGGUGACUUGGGUUUAGCUGCUGUUCUCAGAGAAUCACAACAAGCUCACAGCGUUAUAGGAACUCCUGAGUUCAUGGCACCAGAGCUAUAUGAUGAAGAAUACAACCAGCUUGUGGACAUUUAUUCAUUUGGUAUGUGCGUCCUAGAGAUGCUUACAGGUGACUACCCUUACGUUGAAUGCGACAACCCUGCACAAAUAUACAAGAAAGUUACAUCGGGGACGUUGCCUCGAUCUUUCCGUCUCAUCAAAGACAUGGAAGCUCAGCGUUUUGUUGGUAAGUGCUUGGAAACUGUUUCAAAGAGAUUGUCUGCAAAGGAGCUCUUGGAGGACCCAUUCCUCGCCAUGGAUGAGGGGAGAGAUGUAGCGCCUCUUACUAGAUUGCCCUCACAGCCAGCUAUUCAGAAUUUGGCUGCAAAUGGGACUGUGGUGGAGCCUUUGCCUUCAGUGACUGAUCCAGCUAGAACGACAGAUAUGUCUAUAACAGGAAGGAUGAACUCAGAAGACCACACCAUUUUUCUCCAAGUGCAGAUUUCAGAUGGCAGUGGUUACAUGAGGAACAUUCACUUCCCUUUCAGCAUUGUAAGUGACACACCUCUUGAAGUAGCAUUGGAGAUGGUGAAAGAGCUGGAGAUCACUGAUUGGGAUCCUUUGGAGAUCGCUGCAAUGAUAGAAAAUGAGAUAUCUUUGCUCGUCCCAAACUGGAGUGCACAUGGAGACCAUUCUAUCUUGGAACAGAGCUUUGGUCAUGAAGAUGAUGAUGAUGACAAUGACGAAGGAGGAGGACGAACAACACGCCCUUUCUACUCUGCUGCUUGCUCUCCAGACCCCACUGUAUCAGUUAAAGACAAUAAUGACGCCUAUGAGGACCCUUCUCUCCUGCACCAAAGCUUUGGUCAUGAAGAUGAGGGAGGCGGACGAAGAACACGCCCUUUCUACUCUGCUGUUUCCUCUCUUGUAGCAGUUAAAGACAACAACAAUGCCCAUGAGGACCCUUCUCCCCUGCAUCACAGCUUUGGUUAUGAAGUUGAUGAUGACAAUGGUGAGGGAGGAGGACAAAGAACACUCCCUUUCUACUCUGCUUCUUGCUCUCCUGAUCCUACUGUAGUAGUUAAAGACAACAACAACAACCCCCAUGAGGACCCUUCUCUUCAGCACCAAAGCUUUGGUCAUGAAGAUGAUGACGAUAAUGUCCAGGUAGGAGGAGGAGGAGGAAGAACAAGCCUUUUCUACUCUGCUGCUUGCUCUCCGGACCCUACUGUAGCAGUUACAGACACCGAGGGUUCAAGUAACGAUGGUGGAAGUGGUAGAGGCUCCUCUAACACUUUGUUGAGUGCUCCAACAUACCAACAACACUCUCCUCCCGUUGAGGAUGAUGAUCAAAAUCCGCAACGGAGGAGAAGGUUAAAGUUACAUAAGAUGAGAUCGCUUGUGGACACUAGAACGCAGGUGCUGCACCGUUCGCUCAUGGAGUUGAUCAACAGGCAUGCCAGGCGUGGGCGUGGCUCUAGCACGAACUUGAACGAGUUACAACAGCAACCUGUUGCUGACUUCUUGAGACGAUCUUGA